AUGUUGGGCUUCAUUGCAGACCUCAUUGCUUCUAUCACCACCAUCCUCCUCCCUGCCUACCUCGCCUAUAAGGCCCUCCGGACCAACGACCCGGCACAAACACACCCAUGGCUAAUCUACUUCAUCAUCCUGGCUCUCACUCUACUCCUAGAAUCAUGGACCUUAUUCGUCAUUGGAUGGAUUCCCUUUUACUCCUGGUUCCGCCUCAUCUUCCUCCUCUACCUGGUGCUCCCACAGACCCAAGGAGCAAAGAUUCUCUACCUUGACUACCUCGAGCCCUACAUUGUCGGACAUGAAAUCCGGAUUGAUCAAUUCAUUGGAGACGCACAUGAGCGACUACAACAGAUGGGUCUAGGAUACCUGAAUGUGGCGAUUGAAUUUGUUCGAGACAAGGUCUUGGGUCAAACCAGUCCACAGCCUCCACCGUCCCAAGCUUCCGGGUAUGCGAGUUAUGCACAAGAUCUCCUCUCGCGCUUCGCUAUGCCUGGAGCGCGUACCACCGCACCCACUCAGCCUGGCACGACCUCUGCCGGCGUCUACGGUAUGGUCACCCACCUGGCUGGCGCGGCCUUCGCUGGGUCAACAUCCCGCUCAGCAGCCACGGAAUCGGGAGCCACCGAAGCCGCAUCCAUUCCAGGAUCCCUCGUCCCCGAUGUUCCUGGAUGUUCUUCGGCCGAGAAAUCAGGUUUCAUCUCCGCACAGCGUGAACGACUCUCUGGCCUCCUCAAAGCUUUAGAUACAGAGCAACAGAACCUUGAUCUCGCUUAUGGGUCGGGCCCAGGACAACGGCCAUCAAGCUCGGGGUUGGGAGGCUUGAAGACGAAGUCGAGAAGUGAGCAAUCCUUUGAGAAUGUCGAUUAUGAUGAUGCCACACAUACACCGGGCUCAUCCAGUUAUGGAUCCACGCCGCCAAAACUUGUGAUUGAAGGUCGUCGAACAACCAGUGGUAGCUGGAUACCUGCCGGUGUGAGUGGAUGGUUCGGUGGUGGAGGAGGCGGAGAAGAUCGAAUUGAGAGAGAUCGAGAUGACCUAGGGUCAAAGGUCCCCCCGAGAUGGUCGGCGGCGAGGGAUAUCACAGAGGAAAUAGCACGAAGCACGGGCGUGGAUACGGGGAGAUGA